AUGAAUCAUCUUUCAAAUUCAUUUUUUUUUAUUAUUGAAAAGUUAAAAACAUGGAAUGCUACGUUAGCUGAUGAGUUUGCUCAAAUUAUAAAUCGACAAAGCGAUACUACAUUUACUGUUCAAUCUAUUACAUUUCAAAACGAAUCCAUUUCCGAUUCUACUCCACCGCCUAAUGUUUUGUUAGAAUUCGCACCGCCAAAUUUACACAAUUGUGAUUACCAUUCUAUCCGCCUAACAAUACCUAUUACAUAUCCAAACGUGCCUCCAAUCGUACUUCUUCAAGACAGACAGGGAAAUUACCAUUCAUACAACAAUCUCUUAUUGGACCUCUGGAAAAAUGAACCUUCCGUUUUCAACUUGACUCGUCUUAUUCACAUUCUCAUAAACCAACCGUUCCCUAGGAAAGGUGGAAAUCAAAGACCUGAAGCUCCUCCGAAACCAAAAACACCAACGACGAAUACCGCUAAUCUCUCAAGUAACUUUCACUCCUUAUCCUUGGGUUCAUCCAAACCUUCCGUCCCUUUGAAGCCCUCUGUCCCUGCGAAACCCCCGAAUCCGACAGCAUCUCAGGUUCAUUCUGCGGAAAAAAUAGCCACUCCAAAAAAAAAGGAUGUCUAUUCUAGCCCUAGUCUACCACCGCGUCCAGCUCCUUAUGCGAGUUCCUUCCAAGAUACAUUUCAAACGGAUAAUCAAACAAAAAAUACAUCUUUGUCAAAACCUAUAGAGAAGCGAAAUAUUCAAUACCCACCCAAUUUGCCUUCAAAACAAACGGUUCCUCCAAUUCCUUCGAAACCACGUUCGGGCGACUCAUUCCCGCAAGUAAGCACAAACGCUAUUCCGUCCAACAACUCUACAGUGAAUUUAUUAGACGAAGAUAUUCAUUUUUCCACCGAGUUUCCAGAUGAUGAGAAUGAAAGACGAACAACAGAGCGCAAACGUUUGAAUGAAACAAGAGGCCAUUGGAAAGAAAAGCUAAACUCUGAACUUAUGCAGCAAAUUAAGGCAUUUCAGAGUCUUCGAUUGAAGAAAGAAUUACUGGAUAAUGAAAAGCGUUCGCUGCAAGAAUUAGCAAAAGAAAUUGACAAAAAACGAUUUUUACUGGGAAUAACUAGGAGAAAGCUCCGAGAUGAUCUACAAAGGACUACAACUGUUGAGAAUUUACCAAUUGAGGAGCUUUUCAUAAUACCUUUAGAAACGGAUAGGAAAAGGUACAAACUAAGUUCGAGUGAUGCAGUUCUAAAUAAUAGCAUACAAGCCUUAAAUUCCGCGUUGGCUCAAGAAUCAGUUUCUAUUCACGCGUGGCUGAAAGCCGUCAAAUUGCUUGCUAGACAACAAUUUUUUGUUCGUGACGAUUUGCUUCAUCUGUAG